AUGGGGACCAAACAUUUAGCUGACUCGGAAAAAGACAACGACCCAAAUACGAUGGAGCCGUGGAUCUAUAUCCUUGCCAGUUUUUUGUUCCUUAGUUUUGUUAUAUCAGAAUGGAGCAACAUGACACUGUUGUACAGUAUCUACACAAAGAAACUUAAUACUGUGAGCGCACUACUGGUGAAAUGCAUGGUCUUAUGCGGCACACUGAACGGUAUCCUCUUCAUCGUCCCAGCAGGAAUUACGGUUGUGAGAGAGAUUGGGAAGAUAAGUCAUGAUGGAUGUAUUUAUUAUAAUCUGGUACUGCAGACCUCCAGCUCGGCAAACAGACUACUCCUUCUGUUGUUGGUCUUGGAACAGUUCUUUAGUUUGAUAAGCCGACGAGUACUUCCAUUACACAGAUAUGCCAUCUCAACUGUACUGUUCGUGAUAUUCCUGUACUCGGUGUUGGUGUCCACUUUGACAGUCAUUCGAGGAGACAAGUACAUCACUAGGAGCAAUGUCUAUUUUUGUCUUCUUCCGUUUGAUUGGUUGACAAUAGCAUUUGAGACUGUAUCCUAUAUUAUCCCUGGGGCGUGUAUUCUCGGCAUAUCACUUUCGGCGACCUUUUUCACGAAUGCUGGGUUAAAACAUCGAGCCAGUGGAAACAACGGCGUGACUACAUCUACAGACGUCUCCUCCUCACUGCCGCCCAAAGUGUCAGUAUCAACAACUAACAUUCCCAUCGCGCGCAUCGCAAUACCAUUAUCGUCCUUGUGUAUAUUUGCAUCACUGAUGCGACUUUUUGGAAUAGUUUUUAGCUAUUAUCCGUUGAUUUUAACGUUUGCAUUGAUAUGCGAUACUAUAACCUAUGCGGUGCAGCCUCUUGCGUUUUUAUGUGCAGGUUCUUUUAUAAAAAAGAACAAAACAGAAUCGGUCAUAAUUCAGUUUUCCCGUGCCACUACCUCUGUUCAGGUGCCUUCACCAGCGCAUACAACGAAUGAGAUUCUACCGUCCAUUCCGACUGUAAGUGGUAGCCUGACCACAGACAAAGACAAUGUAAAUGAAAGUGUAGUCCACCUUAGACUAAUCAACAUGAAAGAAGAUGUCGCCAUUUCAAAGUCAGAAAAAGCAGUAUCGUUUACUAUCCCCCAAAACACCGAGCACCAGAAAACCUUUGAGCUUCCUCUUGGUGCUUGCAGUCGGAAAUCCUCGUUUGUCGAGUUUGGACCUUCCUCAGGAUUACACAGAUACGUUUCUGCUUGUAGCCCGAGCUCUGUAAACAUUGAGAUAGAUGAUAUCGAAGAAGACAUACCAAAAGAAUCCUUUGUAGAUGAAACCUCGAAAAAAGUACAGCAGCAUUCCAUCAACGAGUCACUGUGCAUUACCUACCCACACAAACAAAUCAACUGCAGUACAUCGCAGAGCUACAGUCGAACAUCUUCUACAAGCAGCAGGUCGCGUUCCUUUGGUAUGCACCAUGGAGACAAAUCAGGCAUGGAUUCGGAUUAUGUAAUACCAAGUGUCCAUGUCGACUCAAUCGACAUUGCGUCAUCAAAACAGUACAGUAUUUCAAUGACACGUAAAGGCCAUUUCACAGAAUCAGGUACAAGUCAGAGGGAAAACUCUCUCUGUUUUUUUGGAAGCCAAAAUUUCAUGAGGAAAGAGAGCGACACAGGAGAAUUUGUUGUCAGAAAACACUAA